AUGUCUCACAUCCGCUGCCCCAAUCGGCUGUCAAGACAGUGUGAAACGAAGGGCAGGAAAGUGAAAGAAGGUGGAGAGUGCCGAGAUUAUACGGCGGUAAAUAUAGGGAAAGUGAAAGAAGGUGGAGAGUGCCGAGAUUAUACGGCGGUUAAUAUAGGGAAAGUGAAAGAAGGUGGAGAGUGCCGAGAUUAUACGGCGGUAAAUAUAGGGAAAGUGAAAGAAGGUGGAGAGUGCCGAGAUUAUACGGCGGUUAAUAUAGGGAAAGUGAAAGAAGGUGGAGAGUGCCGAGAUUAUACGGCGGUUAAUAUAGGGAAAGUGAAAGAAGGUGGAGAGUGCCGAGAUUAUACGGCGGUAAAUAUAGGGAAAGUGAAAGAAGGUGGAGAGUGCCGAGAUUAUACGGCGGUAAAUAUAGGGAAAGUGAAAGAAGGUGGAGAGUGCCGAGAUUAUACGGCGGUAAAUAUAGGGAAAGUGAAAGAAGGUGGAGAGUGCCGAGAUUAUACGGCGGUAAAUAUAGGGAAAGUGAAAGAAGGUGGAGAGUGCCGAGAUUAUACGGCGGUAAAUAUAGGGAAAGUGAAAGAAGGGAAAGUGAAAGAAGGUGGAGAGUGCCGAGAUUAUACGGCGGUAAAUAUAGGGAAAGUGAAAGAAGGUGGAGAGUGUCGAGAUUAUACGGCGGUAAAUAUAGGGAAAGUGAAAGAAGGUGGAGAGUGCCGAGAUUAUACGGCGGUAAAUAUAGGGAAAGUGAAAGAAGGUGGAGAGUGCCGAGAUUAUACGGCGGUAAAUAUAGGGAAAGUGAAAGAAGGUGGAGAGUGCCGAGAUUAUACGGCGGUAAAUAUAGGGAAAGUGAAAGAAGGUGGAGAGUGCCGAGAUUAUACGGCGGUAAAUAUAGGGAAAGUGAAAGAAGGUGUAGAGUGCCGAGAUUAUACGGCGGUAAAUAUAGGGAAAGUGAAAGAAGGUAGGAGAGUGCCGAGAUUAUACGGAGGUAAAUAUAGGGAAAGUGAAUGA